AGCAAGCGAUAACGGUGAUGACCUGCCCUCAAGCUAUCGCGCAAAAUGAGAUAAGGCGUUAAACAGAUGAGGUCGCUCUCUGUUCGGUGGUUUGAAGUGGCGGCCUCAGUCUUGAUUAUACCUAACGGUUGAUAGUUGAAACUAGCCAUUGAGCUACGAACCGGUCGAAUAUGUUUCGAAGCAGUAGGAAUGCAUACUGGUUAUUAAUUUUGUCAAUAUUGCUAUUUUUACAUCUAAAUGGUGUUGAUAACGCACCAGUGAGUAAUGCUACUAAAGAACCAAUGGAAGGUUUGGACACCGAGUGGGCAAAACAAAUAUCACAACAAGCUAAAGCUGCAGAAAUACAUGUAAUGCUCAAUACGAAAGUAGAUCCAUGUAUAGACUUUUAUCAAUAUGCUUGCGGCAACUGGCAUCGCCAUCACCCAGCACAGCUCUUCAAUCAUCUAAUGACCGAUCGAUUUCAAUUGAUCGCAAAUGCUUUCGACCGUCGCCUUCAGUUGGUUCUCACUGAGCCUCGAGGAGAUGAUGUGAUUGAAACCAAAUUGAAAAAUUUUUAUCACGCAUGCAAAUUAGUGGAAAAGGAUGAAGUCCGAUAUAAAAUGGCUUUGCAACGUACCUACCAGGAGUUUGGCAAAUUACCGAUGUUGGAUGGUGAGGACUGGAAGAGCGAGGAGUUUAGAUGGUGGGAGUUAGUGGCGAAAAUACAACACAAGUAUGGCAAACAAAUUAUACUCGCAGUAGAUAUCAUGGCCGACAUAGUUAACAAUACGGGAAAUAAAGUUUACAUUGGACCGCCCGAUUUUUCGAUUAACAGUGGUACAAAAAUACUUAGCAUGUUGCAGGAAAUAACAACUGUGCAGCACAUGAAACGGUUUUUUGGUAUAGAAGAAACAAAGGGGAGGAAAAUCACUAAGGAACUCAUUAAUUUUGAACGUGCUUUGGUUCGAGGAGGAUCUGAUUCUCGGCAAGGUUUCACACUGCGUGAUUUACUCUCACUUAAGUCAGUUAGUGAAUUGCGUGAAAUUUAUAAUGAAAGUCUAGAUUUGGCAAAGUUUUUAGAAUUAGCUUUGGGUGCUGAACAAGUGCCAGACUACAUUUACAUUUAUGAUGAAAAAUAUUUAAAUAGUGUUGUGAAAAUAAUAGCAGAGACUCCACCGCACGUGGUUGCAAACUAUAUAUUAUGGCAAAUGUUUCAACCUUAUAUAGUUGAUGUGAAGAAGGGCAAUAUGGCCAAGUGGUGCGUUGAACGUACUAAGAAAUAUUUUGGUAAAUUUGUCGACUAUAUGGUUUACCAACGUUAUAAAGAUCCAGCUGUGGAAAAGGAGGUUUACGAUAUGUGGAAUGAAAUGCGCGAGGUCUUUCGCUCAGAACUACGAGGCAAUAAACUCGAUUGGAUUAUAAAUUCAACACGCGAAUAUGCGCUUCAAAAAUUAGAUGCUAUGAAUUUGUACAUCAAUUCUUAUGAGUCGGUGAAUUUCACCUCAGAAUAUAAGGAUAUACAACUUACACGUAAUAACUACGUCGAAAAUGUGCAACAAAUUUUAAAAAUAGAAAGCCGUAGGAAGUUGCAACGUCAAAACGGUCCUGUAGUUCCACUGGAGGCGCCAGAAGUGUUCACUUUUACUCCAGUCUACAAUGUACUGGAUAAUAAUAUUAAAAUACCUGUCGCACUUUUACAACCACGUUACUUUUGGGGUACAGACUAUCCGCAAGCCCUCAAGUAUGCCACACUCGGUUAUUUGAUUGCACACGAAAUGGUUCACGGAUUCGAUGAUGAUGGCCGUAACUAUGACAAGUUGGGCAACUUACGCAAUUGGUGGGACGAAAAAUCCACAUAUCAAUUUGAAGAACGACGCAAAUGCUUCCAGGCGCAAUACCAUAAAUACCGCUAUGACGGACAUCAAUUGCGGAACGAUGUAUCGCAAGCCGAGAAUAUCGCCGAUAAUGCAGGUGUAAAACUGGCCUAUGAAGCAUACCAGAGAUGGCUGAAUGCACAACGAUUCGCAAAUGUAACGGGUAUCGAGAAGAGGGAAACAUUUUCGCAAUUACAUUUUAAUAAUGAACAGUUAUUUUUCAUCGCUUUCGCCCAGCUGUGGUGCGACGAUGUCCAGUCGUUUUUCCGCAUCGCUCUGGCCAUUUCUGAUUCUCAUGCACCUGGCAUGUAUCGCGUAAUAGGAUCCCUAUCGAAUUUCCAAGAAUUCUCAUGGGUUUUUAAAUGUGGCCAAGACGCACCAAUGGACCCGGAAUUCAAAUGCUCACUUUACUAAAAGAAAAUUAAUGAAAAAAAUAUAGUGUUUAGAUUGUACAUGUCUCUGUAUGUAAACUAUUUAUCGCUUUUAUGGUAUAUACACACAUACAUAGCUAAGAAGACGAUGCAAUGCAUCCAUACAUACACACUUACGUACCCAUGUAGAUAAGCACGGCAUUUUAAUGAGAAAACAGUGAAAUAAAUAUACAUACUCAUUACAUAUUUAUACUUAAAAAAAUGGACGUAUUAACUGUUAAAAGAAAUUUUAGACAUAUGUUUAUAAUAUUGCUGCAGGGAGUUAUGUUAUAAAUAAACUUUAAUUGAUAUAUCCAUAUCUCACAAAACUCAAAUCAAUGGCACGGACAAAACUUGGUUUAAUUUAAUUAUGUUAUCUAAACAUAUUCUGAAUAUAUCCUAAAUCUAACUUUC